AUGUCAAGGACUAUGAUGCCCAGGUUCUUCCGAGGAAGUCUAGAAUCCAAUGGGAAAUGGGUAUACAAGCAGCAUGUUGCGAUGAUCAAGGGACUGGGACUUCCAGAGGACCAGCUUCUUGAAUGGUCUGUUGAAGAUGGCUGGGGACCUUUAUGCAAGUUCCUAGACAGGCCGAUACCCGAGAUGGAAUUCCCCAAUGGGAACCCGCCCAAGGCAUGGGCCGAGCGGAUUGCGAAGACAAUGAAGAGUCAUCACGACCGUGCAGUCAGGAACAUGGUUAUUUUUGGCUCUUUUCCCGUUGUGACUGUUUGUGUGGCUCUAGGCACAAUUUGGACAGGGCGUGCCUGA